AGCUGGCUCGGGCUCGGUAUGCGGGACCGCAGUACGGUAUCGACUGUUUUGUGAGGCUCUCUGCUGUUUCAUCGUUUGCGUUUCGUGUCGCUCCGUUCAGUUCUAUAUAUCGUGGUACGGUACGUUCUUUCCGCGCUGUUUUACUACAUACAACAAAUAUGGCCGAUCAUAACGAUAUUAUUUUAAAGAUAAUUAAUUGCGUAAAGCAGUAUCCAGCUUUGUACGAUACAGCCCACGAGGAUUACAAUAGGUAUUACAAGAAGAUACAGAUAUGGAAUGCUAUCGCAUCCGAAGUCAAUUAUUCAGAUGGCAAAUCAGCCCAAACGAAAUGGCGGAAUAUCAGAGACUCGUACGUGAAACAUCUGAAAUCAUUGCAAUCUGCAGAACCUGCGUAUAAAAAAUACCGAAACUGGCAGUGGGUUGAACAGAUGUCAUUCCUGAAAAAAUUUCUCGGAGGCAAUAAGCACAAAAACUCGAGUAAAACCGUAGACAACCCGGAAACAUCGUUAAUCGAGGUAGUCGAAUCAGUCUACGGAGAGACGUCAAGUUUCAACGAAACCGAAUCUCCCGACGAGGGAACUCCUCGUAAACGAAAACUCACCGAAGAUGUCUGGUUCAAUGCUGAGCAAGUCCAAGAAUGCGAUACUUAUUACCCCAAAGAUUACGUCGUUGAGAACGCUACCGUUGACCCGAACCUCGACGCGACCGAUUUGCUUUUCUUGAGUUACGCUAAAACUUUGAAGAAUCUCUCCCAGCGGAGGCAAAUCCAAGUCAAAAUGAAGAUUAGCGAGUUGAUGGGCCUCGCUGAAUUGGACGAGUUGAACGAUAAAGGUGCCGAAUUCAAGGUCGAUUCGUCCGAAAGUACGAGCCCGAGUACUUGUAGGUAUGAUAAGAUGAGCAUCGCGAAUGUCAGAAUUGACCUUAGUCAGGAUAUAAAUGAAGCUGACUCUUCGGGCAAAGAGAAAUCUCGAAGGACCAAGUCGUAAUGAUGAGGGUACGUAUUAUACGAGUACGAUUUGUUUAUUUUUAGUAGUCUCUAAGUUUCGUGUGAUCUUCUUUUUUAUCUUUAUCGUACCAAUUGUUUUGAUUACUUAUGUUUUAAGUUAUAUGACUACGAUGUUGAGUUUUCUCAGUUAUAUCUUAUAGUUUGUUUCUGGUCCGAUAAAAUUAGUUAUAGGAUGAUUUUUUUUUACAAAGUAGAUGGAACAUUUGUAUUGUACGAGUGCUCAGAAGUGUAUGGUCUUGUCUUACCAAGUGUUUCAUAUUUUUAAUGAUAAGUAACUUAUUUUGAAAUUCGAAAUUGUAAGUUUUCUAUCAUCUUAGACUAUACUCACUCUACCAUAUUUGUAUUCAGCUGUUCCAUUGAGCCACAGCAUAUUUCUCAUACUUCAUUUUGACUGAAUCGGCCAUAAGGAAGGCGGGAGAACUUGAACCGCUGAAGGGGGGGGGGGGUAAUGGCAAACUCGAACUAGUGUAUAAAUGAAGGUGUAGCUCGGUCCAAACAAAAAAAGGUCAUUAUUUUUCUUUUUUCAUCUUCAAUUUACACAAUGAGGGUAUUAUUGGAAAAUUUCAAAGAAAUUGAUAUGGAAAAGUACACGUCUUUCUGUUUUGAAAUCUCCGGAAAUUCAACUUUUAGACGAUAAAAGCCCUUUGAAAAUUUUCGGUAUCUUCAAAGCUAAAAGGAAUGAUAUUUUGAUUUGGAAAAAAAUUACCUAUCUUCACUUUUGAAUUCAAGUCAAUGUAUCUCGUUCAAUUUCAAAGACACCAAAAUUAUGUAUAAAUUUUUUUUUGCAUGCAAUGAUUGAAUUUACUACCUACUGAAGAGGGCUUUAGCGCAAAGAAUGAAAAAAAUUCAUCCAUUCUCCUUUUGAUGAAAAAAAUUGAUCAAUUAUUCACUUUAAUUAUAAGAAUAAGGUUACCAAAAAAAAAAAAGGAAGGUCCUUUGGUCAUUUUCAAUAUCUCCAAAACUGCAGAAGAUAAUGUUUUGAUUGGAGGGGAGGGGGAGGGAAAAAAUGUAUUCAUCUUCAUUUGAAAAUUCAAAUCAAUUCAAUUCAAUUUCAAUUAUAUUGUAUUUCCUAAUUUUUUUUAGGAAAUUUAAUUCACAACAAAACAAAAGUCUUUUGCACAUUUUUUGUAGUUUUAAAAAUGUAAGAAAAUAUUUUAAUGUUUAAAAAAAAAAUAGCGAAAAAAUUGUUCAUCCAGUUUCGUUUCAAAACUCAAAUUGAUCAAAGAUACCAAAAAUGUGCAAAGAAACUAUUUUAUUGGAAAUUUAAUUUCCUGGAAAAAAGGUCUGUUAUAUGAAUCCCAUUAUUCCCAAAUUUACAGAAUCUGACAACAAACAUUUUUUUUUGCCAAAAUACUGAAAAAGACAUGUUUUUUCCGUCAAGUUUCCUGGAAAGUCUUGGUUUUUUCCCUCCAAAAUUGUAUGAAAAUCGUAUUCACUUUUUUUAACUUAAAUUGCCAAGAAAACUUUUUUUACAUACUCCUAUAAGUAAAAAUUAUCUAAACGACUGGUUCUUUUUCUUUGAAAUUGGCAGAACUCUCCUUGUUUUAUUGUCAAAACUGUCCAAAAAAUUCAGUUUUUUAAAUAAAAUUGGUUAAAAAAUCUUAUGGUACCUUUUUUUGCAAAAAUUUCCAAAAAAAUCCUAUUUUUUGUCCAAACUGUGAAAAAGACCCAUAUUUUGUCGAAAAUUCCUGAGAAGUCUUUAAUUUUUCACCAAGAUUGCAAAAAACUCAUUUUCUUUUUGGUUAAAAAUUUUCGAAAAAUCUUGAUUUUUUUGUAGUAAAAAAAUCAGCUUCUUAUCAAAAGCAAAACUGCAAAAAAUCAAAUUUCAUCUCAAGUACCUACCAAAAAAUCCUUAUUUUUUUGUCAAAAUUGUGGGAAAUUCUCCUUAGAAAAAAAAUUAUUAAAAAAAGAUCCAUGUGUUGUAAGAAUUGUCGAAAAGUCUCGUUUUUUUUACCAAAAUUGCAAAGAAUUAUUUUUCUUUCUGGUUUAAAAUUUUCAAAAAAUCUUGACUUUUUUGUCACAAAAAAUCGUGACCUUUUUUGUCACAAAAAAUCUCUGCUUUUUUGUCACAAAAAAUCUCUGCUUUUUUGUCAAAAAAAAUUUCUGCUUUUUUGUCACAAAAAAUCUCUGCUUUUUUGUCACAAAAAAUCUCUGCUUUUUUGUCACAAAAAAUCUCUGCUUUUUUGUCACAAAAAAUCUCUGCUUUUUUGUCACAAAAAAUUUCUGCUUUUUUGUCACAAAAAAUCUCUGCUUUUUUUGUCACAAAAAAUCUCUGCUUUUUUGUCACAAAAAAUCUGUUUUUGCCAAAAUUGCAAAAAAUCAAGUUCUUAUCUCAAGUAGGUACCAUAAAAUCCUUAUUUUGUCGUCAAAAUUGUGAAAAAUUCUACUAUUGAAAAAGUCAUAAAAAAGACCCCUGUGUUUUCAGAAUUGUCUAAAAGUCUUGAUUUUUCCAACAGAAUUGCAGAAAAUCCUAAUUUUUUUGGUCGAAAUUUUCAGAAAGUCUUGACUUUUUGUCACAAAAAAUCUGCUAAAAACAGUUUUGAAUACAAGUAGGUACCUUAAAAUCAAAUUUUUUUUACGGAAUUGCCAAAAAUCUUAGGUAUUUUUUUGUAAAACUUCGGAAAAGACCCCUGUUUUGUCCAAAUUGCCAAAAAGUCUUGUGUUUUUACCACAGUUGCUGGAAGCCUUCCUUUUUUUGGUCAAAACUUCCAGUAAGACUUGCUUUUUUUUGUCAAAAAAAUAUGCUUUGUGAAAAUUGGAUUUAAAAAAUUUUAUUUUGCAAGAUUACCAAAAUUCUAGGCGAGUAUGUACUUUUUUUCUUCUGAAAUUGUUCUUCUUUUAUGUAAAAACUGCAUUUUGUCAAAAUUCCCAAAAAGUCCUAAUUGUUUACCAAAAUAGCAGAAAGCUCCUUUUUGUAGUCAAAACUUCCAAAAAGUGUUGCUUUAAAAUUGAGAAAAAUUGCAUCUACUUUUUUUCUUAAAACUUUGAUACAGAUUCAUGCUUUGUCAAAAAUGCCAAAAAAAUCUUCUUUUUUUUUACCAAAAUCAAAAAAAACCUUCUUCCUUUUUUUAUUAAAAUUUUUAGAAUUUUUUGACGUCAGAAAUUUUUUUUUUUUUGUAAAAAUUGCAAAAAUUUUACUUUUUUGUGAAAACUGUGAAAAAAAUCCCAUUUUUUUUGUUCUUAACUGCCAAAAAAGCUAGUGAUGUUCCUAGCUACACGUUCGGAAUACACUCGUGUAAGUCUGCCCUGCCCCCCCACCACCCAUUUCCAUAUUUUUCCGUUUCAAAUUUCAUAAAAAUUGAAACUUUCCAAUUCAGGCAGACAAAAGUCAAAAUUGAAGUAUAAUUAGGCAAGGAAAAAGAUAGGUUAUCGUUUUCUCGACCCAUAUCAUUCGAUUAGUUUUUCCAAACGUCACAUUAUAUUUACUCAGCGAUUACACUAAUCACCAUCGAAACAGGAACUUUCCUUAUGAACUGUUAGUUGCUAAUCCACACAAGAGUCUUGAAAAAAAUUGAUCUGUUGAUCCUUCAUGUUAUCUACAUUAUUAAUUAAUAGGUGCUCGGAAUUAUCGUAUUUUUCAUAUUCGAGUACCCCGUCUCAAAAAUUCAAUUAGCAAAUCAAUCAUGAAAGUUCGCACGUCAUCGUUGACUUAAUUUUUGAAAUAUCAAACACGUUCGAGUGUUAUUGUAUAGUAAAUUGAAGUUGUCAACUUUUGUUUUACGAGGAGUAUUAUGUAUACGAUAUUGUGUGGUAAACUGAAAAUAAAAAUUUUCAACUCGAUGGUACUGACAGUGCUCAAGGACCUUAUUGUUCGCAUAUGUCAAAGUGUUAUAAUAAUUUCCUCUAGCCCGUCAUAUUCGGUAUACCUCUCUCUAUAUUUCGUUGCUGGUUUUCCAGUCUUGUGCAGAAAGCAGAUAAUUAACAUAUUUAUUUUAAACAUGCGCUGUGCAAAUAUGUGUUUUAUAAUUUAUUCUUUAAAAAUAUUACGGUCGUAUUUUUCAACUCGGUUAUUUCUUUUUCAUUCUUUAAUUUUUCUUUUUUUCAAUUUGUAACGAGCAACGUGUAUGUUUGCUGAUUAUUUUAAGUAUGACACUUGUGGUGGAAAUUUUACCACGUAAUGUAUACUUUGAAAAACUGAACGGUUAAGUUUUUUUUUUCCUUUCGGUAAUGUAAAUCAAUUAGAUAUAUCACUCGAGUUUUCUUUUUUUAUCGUUUCGAAAUUAUCUCGAAACUAUUUUCUUUUCAAGUACUCGAAUUUAUACCUAAGUUUAUACUACAUAGAAUGACGUUUAUAAAUAAUUUAAAAUAAAGUGAUCUCGUUUUGAAUAUCAA